AUGGAGCUGUGCCGCGAGAUGGACCUCAGCAGCUUCUCCCGAUUCACCAAAGACAGCUACGGCGAAUUCAUGACCCUUUUCUCCAAAACCGUCGCCGAACGAACCCGCCCCGGCCAACGACAAGACAUUGAAGAAAAGUCCUACACCUUCCACGCCUACGGCCGGACCGAAGGCGUUGCCGGCAUUAUAAUCUCCGACGCAGACUAUCCAGGCCUCGUGGCCCAUCAGCUCCUUUCCAAGAUCCUCGACGAGUUCCUUGCCAAAUACCCCCGCACCGCCUUCAUUGCCCCUGACGUAGGCAAUCUGCCGUUCCCGCAGUUGAAGGAUUAUAUCGCCAAAUACCAGGAUCCCACCCAGGCGGAUAGUAUCAUGAAGAUUCAAAAGGAGUUGGAUGAGACCAAGAUUGUGUUGCACAAAACGAUUGAGAGUGUUUUGGAGCGGGGUGAGAAGAUUGAUAGUUUGGUUGCAAAGAGCGAUGGUCUCAGCGCCCAGAGCAAGAUGUUCUAUGGCCAGGCGAAAAAGCAAAACUCAUGCUGUGUGGUGAUGUGA